AUGUCAACAAAAGAAGCACAAGAUCAGUUGAAGCGUGAAGGCGAAGGCGCUCUGUCUACUUCGGAAUAUUGGGAUAAGCGCUACGCGCAAGCCGAUGGCGAAAAUGCAACACACGAAUGGUUCCGCUCUUUUUCUGCCUUGCUGCCGUUCUUGCAAACCAAUCUCUUCGAUGCGCGACCCGUAGAACAGAAACCCAAGAUUCUACAUUUGGGUAGUGGCGAUAGUGUGANNACGAUUCCUUAUGAUCUUUCUGCACGAGGAUAUAAGGACCAGCUAUGUGUGGACUUCUCGCAUAAAGUUGUUGAAGUCAUGUCAGCCAAAGAAGACGAUGGUGUAACAUGGGAUUGGGCCGAUAUUCGCGAUAUGCCUCAACACAGCAGCAACAGUAUCGAUGUUGCUUUCGACAAGGGCACAAUGGAUGCCAUGAUUCACGGCAGUCCUUGGUCUCCUCCUGAUGAUGUAAAGGACAAUACAUCACGUUACUUGACAGAGGCAGGUGGCAGCCACAAUGCGAGUGAAAAAAAAAUGAUGUUUCUAACCAAUGACAGGNUGCAUCGCAUUUUGAAAGACGACGGAGUAUUUCUCUACAUCACGUUCCGACAGCCGCAUUUCAUCCGUCCGCUACUGAGUGUCGAACAUCUCUGGAGUCUCAAGAUGGAAACUCUGUCGGCUGGCGAAAGCUCUUUUGACUACUAUGGCUGGAUACUUACUAAAAAUACUGCUGCAACCGCAUAA